AAAAGAUCCGUGUUCGCUCCAGAAGCAGCUCCGCCUCUGACGUCCGUCACAGCCCGGACACACGACACCUGCUCGGCUCCGCUCGCCGGGACGAGCCGCUGCUUCCUGAACCACCGAGCGUCCGAGACCUCCGCUAGAAAUUUUUGUUAGUUUGAAUCCACGAAGACUUCCGGUCGACGAGACGAAGCGUUUAGAAUCUGACCAGAGGUCAAAGGUCAGGAUUCAUCUGAAGAAUGAAAACGAUGUAACAGUUGAGAUAUUAAUGUUGCAGUUGAUUUGAUGACUGUUGUUUGUGUCACUAUAGUUUAUUACAUUGUUAUAACUUUGACUUCCUCCAUGUUGUUGUGAUUCUUUUGAGAGGGUCAGAGGUCAGAGGUCAUCAUGGGCAAACGGCAGCGGAGGACAAACAGGCGUUUUCUACCUGCAGCAGGAAACAGCGUGGCACAGGUUCGAUUCCCUGUCGGCCCUGUACAGAGGAGACCGCCACCGCAGGGUUUAGGCAGGAAGUGGGCGGGCUCAGGGCCAGGAAGUGCUGACGGCCGGCAGCUCUUCUGCGGCAGCUCUACAACCACAGAAGAAGAGAGGGGAGACCCGGGACCUGACGGAGGUUCAGGGGAGACGAAGAAGAGGACGAGACUAGACGGGUCUGUCACUGUGCUGCCGGCCGAGUCAUGUGAUCCAGCACCCAAUGAGAGCAGCUCUACAGGAGGUGGAGUUCCUCCUCCUGACCAGCAGAAGGCAGCAGAGCUCAGUGACGACAGCAGAGCAGCCGAGUGUGUUUGUGUGCGUGUGCGUGUGAAGCUGCAGAGUGUGGGGUCACUAAAGGUCACUAUCCAGCGGAGCAGUGAGAGCAGAGAGUUUGUGCAGACAGACAGGACGACAGACAGACAGACAGUGGGAGUCCACUGUCACGUCUGUCACCUCACCUAUCGCUCUGUGCAGGUGUUUCAUGAACACAUGUCAGGAGCAGAACACAUGAAAAAAAUGCAGGAGAUCACACAUUCCAUCUGCUUCAAAACACACACAUUGCAGGACAGGGGGCGUCAGCCUCAGGCUCAGCGCUGGUGUGACACCUGUCAGACUCACUUCAGUGGUGACGUCAUCAUCCACCGACGGACAAAACAACACAAGAUUUGUAAGCAGCUGUGUCGACCCUUCUGUCCGGUGUGUAAGCGUCACUUCAGGACUCCCAGGAAGUUUGUGGAGCACAUGAAGUCUCCAGAACACAAACAGCAGGUACAAUUGCAGCAAGCUCAGGAGGAGGAGCUGAUCACUGUGGACGCUGUCGGCUGCUUCGAGGAGGAGGAGGAAGUAGCUGAUGAUGAAGAGGGGUAUGCAGCAAAAGAGGAAGCAGAGGAGAAAGUGUUGCAGGUAGGGCUGAACGAUGAAUCGUCUUCGAAUGGAAAUUGUGAUUUGAAACAGCGUGAUUUAGAAUAAGCAAUGUAGCGGAUCUGAAAGGUUUGACACAUUCAUGGCGUCGUCCUCGUCGGGACAUGCUCACCAAUCAGAAGUGGCCUGAGGUGACUGAGUACACGCCCCCACAAACAACACACGUGAAACCAAAGAGAAAAUCACGUCAGUGGAGUGACCUCCAGUGUCAACGUGGGACAACUAGUCCAGAAGAAAAGUUACACUUAUGUGAUUCAGGAGUGUUUCUGGUCUGAGACGAUAGAUGAGCAACAAAAGAGGAUAAAGGCAACACCACCAACCAGCAACACCACCAACCAGCAACACCACCAACCAGCAACACCACCAACCAACCAGCAACACCACCAACCAGCAACACCACCAACCAACCAACCAACCAGCAACACCACCAACCAUCAACACCAGCAACACCAUCAACCGGCAACACCACCAACCAACCAGCAACCAGCAACAUCACCAACCAGCAACACCAUGUUGUUAGCAACAUGUUAUUAGCUUAACAAGCUAAGGUAGCUCAGUCAUGGCCAGUAAAUAUUGUUCUGAUUGCAGAUGUGUAAUAUUUCAGUGUCAGAUUGUUUACAGAAAGGUCAAUUUAUUUUCUUAUAGUAAUUAUUAUUAUUUGUUAUUAUUAUGACUUUAUUUAUUUAAGACGUCACAGCGUUUGUGAUAAUUGUUCCAUUUUUGAUUGUUCCAUGUUUUAUAGAUUUAAUAAAUUCAUUUUAGAAGUGA